AUGCCUAACCUCCCCUCUCCGCCAUCACCCUUCUCCUCGGGGAAGAAGAGACCGCACCCUUCUGGCGAAACACCGCCCACCCAAGCCGACCCCGCGACCUCGCUGUCACGCGAUGGCAACCCCUCCGUCCCCUCCGUCCCCUCCGCCGUACCUUCCACGUCGCCCGCGCAUUCGACUGCGACGGCUGUUUCAACUUCGUCCUCGUCCUCCUUUCGCAAUGUCUCGGCCUGUAAUCGCUGUAGGCUGCGGAAGAACCGUUGCGACCAGCGCCUUCCGCGGUGCCAAUCCUGUGAAAAAGCCGGCGUCCGCUGCGUUGGAUAUGACCCCAUCACCAAGCGCGAGAUUCCGCGCAGCUACGUGUAUUUCCUCGAGACCAGAGUCGCGUAUCUCGAAAAGCAACUGGCGGAUCAUCAGAUAGAGUUUAAGAAAGCUGUGGCUUUCGAUGAAGAGGAGGCUGUCAAGACCGAGACCGAGGGCGAUGUCGCGCAGACCUCAUCCGCUCUGGACAGCCAUCCCGGCGAUGGCCCUGAUAAAGCGCAAUGGAAGAACACUCCGCUAAAGGAGGAGAAUGAGCGGCCUGAACAGAGAGCCGAAGGGGAACAGACCGCGGAAGGGGACCGCGACCCCGCCAACGAGGACAAUUGGCGCUUGCACAAUCUGGUGUCAAAUAUCGGCAUGGUUUCGGUGCAAGGGACCUCUGAUCCUCGAUAUCUCGGCUCAACAUCGGGUAUCUCCUUCGCUCGCGUGGUUUUUGCUGCAGUGCGAAGCUCGCUACCCGGAAAUAUGCCCGAACGUGCUUCCAUCCGCACGAGUGAUCGCCUCCCCCAGACUGCAGCCGGCGGCCCCGGUGGAGGCACUAUGCGCGAUUCAUUCUUCGGACUGCAAACAAAGCCCAUGAUGCAGCGUGCUGCUUUCCCGGAUCGAGAGCUAGCCGAGAGCCUGGUCGAUCUCUAUUUUGAACAUGCCAACCCCCAAAUGCCCAUUCUCCAUCGCGGUGACUUUAUGGAACUUCUCGAUCGCACAUAUCAACUAGAAGAGAAGAACCGAUCUCCACGUGCUCUCUAUGUCCUCAAUAUUGUCUUUGCCAUUGGUGCUGGUAUCAUCUUCGAUGACAAGCCUCAAAGUUCGGAUGACGAGAACCGCGCGGGCCGUGACCGAGCCUCAUCCACAACCAAGCGGCCGAGACUCUCCAGCCAUCAAUACCAGCCGGAAGAAUACCAUGCCUCGGCAAUUGUGCACCUGGAGUCGUUCCUGGGGUCCUCGUCCAGCGAAGGUUUCGGAGGACUGGAGGAGCUCCAGGCUGUGCUCUUGUUGGCUAGUUUUGCCCUGCUGCGACCGGUCGCCCCCGGUCUCUGGUAUAUCGUUGGUGUUGCCAUGCGCCUGGCGGUUGAUCUGGGUCUUCACUAUGAAGACGGAGUUGGUCUUGACAUCGGAUCGAAAGAUGGAAACCAGAUACAGCCCCGUAUUGAUGCUCGGGAACGGGGCCGUCGUGAAUGGGUGCGGGAUCUGCGUCGCCGUCUUUGGUGGUGCGUAUACAGCUUCGACCGUCUUGUUGCCACUUGUGUCGGACGACCUUUUGGUAUUAGCGACCAGGCUAUUAGCACCGAGUUCCCGUCUAUGAUGGACGAUAAGUACAUCACCAAGUCUGGACUCUUGACUCCUCCGGAGGGAGCUCCCACCUACAAGCAUGUGGCAUCCCACUAUUUUAAGCUACGCCUGCUCCAGUCUGAGAUUCAUGACGUCCUCCAGUAUCAACAGGCGCGUGCUGUGCGAAGACGUGCAUUAGACAGCAUGACCAUCCUACCCCACGCAGAACUUACAUCGCCUUUCCUUCAAGGAUUCGAUUCGUUCCGCUCAUGGCGACAUGAUGUACACCGCCGACUGGUAGAAUGGCACGAGACUGCCCCAACUCGUGCAGAUACGGGCGUUCGCUUCUCAAUUGAGCUUCUGGAGCUGAAUUACUGGCAGGGUAUCAUCUUGCUCUACCAGCAGAGCUUGACGGUCCCUGCAGAGUUAGCCAGUGAGCUGACUCCGGCAGACGAUGUCUCUAGCCCGUCAUUUUCCAACCCCGACGAAGGCGAUGAAGAGGACCAUGUCUAUCUGAAUGUCGCUGAAGCUGGACAGAAGGUGAUUCGGAUCUAUCGACAGCUUCACCGAGUCCGCCUUGUGAACUACACUUAUCUUGCUACACACCACAUCUUUAUGGCUGGAAUUUCCUUCUUAUAUGCCAUUUGGCACUCGCCGCUGGUCCGAAGCCGACUCACUCUAGAUGAAGUCGAUUUCACUGUCCUUGCAGCGACUUCCGUCCUGGGCGACUUGAUGCACAAAUGUCCACCUGCCGAAAACUGCCGUGACGCCUUUGAACGGAUGAGCAAAGCUACAGUCCAGAUGUGUUUGUCUACAACCGGCUUCGGAACUCAAGUGGAUAUGUCUCGUGUACAUGCCUCCUCUCAUGCAAGCAAUUCGUUGUAUGCUGGGCGUGCACGCCAGCAAAUGAACCAAGGACAGCGAGUCGGGCAGGGCCAGCAUCGCCGGCCAACCCAAUCCCGCUCGUCACGACCGGUCCCGAAAUUCGACAUGAACCUCGCAGACCUUUUCAGCGAUAAUCCACCCUUGGCCGACCGAUCCCGAGUCGAGAGCGGGCCUGGCGGGCCUUCAUAUGUUGUCCGACCAGACCAGCCAGAGACACUACCUCCAGGGUUUACAGCCGACCGUCCAGCCCGCCCGUUCGCGCAGCGCACUCCUUCCAUGGAGUACUACAUGAAAUACGAAAAUCCCACUUCUCCACAGCGCCCGCAUCCCCAAUUCUAUUACGGCAAUUCGCCUCCACAGUCAGGUUCGCCUGGCAGUGUAGCUGCCAACCCUGUCAAUAGACCUCAUGGUGUUCCACCAGGAGAUCACCCCGAGAACCAGUCCGGCAUCAGCCUCGAUUUCCUCGAUUUUAGCUCCGGGGACCCCGAGCACCCGUCCAAUAUGGAUACAGAUGCUCAUACCGAGUACCUAAACAACAUGCCUCCCCUCGGCCCCAACCUAGGACAGAACGUCGGUAUUGAUCUGGGCUUUGGUAUGGCCAUGGACUUCCAGCACGAUUGGAGCGAGAAUCCCAACUAUGAUCUCUUGGAAGGGUACUUCUUCGGCGGAUCUGGACCUGGCCCAUCUGGUGGUGAUGCGUAA